AUGUUUUACAUAGCUUAGUUCAUUCACUAUGUAAUAAAUUUGCCGCGAUCCUACCUAAGCUAUUUUAUCUUUCUCAAUCUCUUAUUUCAAAAUCAAAUAUGUCAUAAGGUUUUGGCAUAAAUUGAAAUUAGCAGAUCCUUUUUCACUCCGUUUAAUUCAGAUGACAGUAAUUCGAUAUUAUAUAAUAACUUAGAUUGGAAAUCAUACUAGGCUAUUUCAUUAAAUCAUUUUACUGAUUGUGGGACUUCAUGGAUUUUUGGAGGUCCUUCGGUGUUUAAUUAUGAAACAGCGAUCACAAAGACUUUUAUUUUACCUCCUCAUUAUAAAAUGAAGUUCGAGUUUAAAUUCUGGAGGUACAUCAUCAAAUGAGAUUUAUAGGUUAGAUCCCUGGCAUGGCUCAUUUUAUAUUUUUUUUAUUGAUGGAUAAUAAGCAUACAAAGACAAUCCUAAUCUUUCAACUGGAACGUAAAUUUGUGGUAGCGGUACUCUUGGUGAAGUUUAUUAAAUUAGUAACACAAUUAAUCACUAUGGUAACAGCGCUAUAGUUACACUUAUUUCUCUACAAAUUGGGGCGUCUUGGGGGAUUUCUGAUCUCAUAUUUUCAGUUUAUAAAUGUCCAAAGGGAUGUGAUUUCUGUGAUAUCACUGGAAACUGUUUAUAGAUGAGCAAGGUGCAGACAUUUUUUAAUAACAUAGUUUUAGUAGAUGGAGAAGGGUGGAAAAGUGAUUAUGCUCUAUAUAAUGGGAUUUAGUUGUGCGGAAGUAUAUGAAAAAUAUUUUUAGGUUUCUAUUUUUAUGGUAAAUUUUAAAUGGGUACAAUACUCUAAGUUGAUUUAUUUUUAUCUGAUCCACAUACAAAGGUUCGCAUAUAUUUUGCAUUCCUCUGUGCAUAUGUGACUGGAUCUAUUACUAUGAGAGUAGAGGCUAACGGUGUAUUAAUAGAUAAUUCAAUAUAAUCUGUAAGUGUCAUUACUACUAAUGCUAUUAUUUGCGGUGCUGGGUUAAGAUUAGAUAAAAUGUAUUUGGGUGAAUUUGCAAGCACAGAUUAAAAUUUGAGCCUAACUUUCUAAUUUUCUGAAUCCCCUGCUUCAUCAGACACAACUCAUUUUUUUGGUAUUAGAGAUUUUGAAGUAUUUACAGAUGCAGAAAAAAAACAAGUUUUAGAUGAGGGCAUUAUUUGCAACGAUAAUAAUAUUUAUGCGUUUGAUGGUUGUUUUUCUUAGAUUUAUGAUUGUAACGAAGGUUGUGUUAAUUGUGUCAAAGGUCUCUGCACUUAAUGUUUAUCACAUUGGGUAUUGAAUACGAUAUCAGGAUAAUGUGUUGCUAAAUGUGGAGACUAAAUAGUUGUCUCUGAAGAACAGUGUGAUGAUGGAAACUAAUAGCCUUACGAUGGGUGCUAUGAGUGUUAGUUCUCUUGCCCUUUAAAUUGUAUUUUUUGUAAUUUUGGCAUUUGUUUGAUUUGCAACUCAUCGUAUUAAUUAAUAGAUAAUCAAUGUGAAUUUACUUGCUCUCAAGAUGAAAAUAUAAGUUUAAGUCUUUAUUAAACAUAAUCAUUAGAAGGUCACUUUUGCUAAAUUUCUAAUUUUAUAAGCAAUUCUUAUUUGCAGCAUGUUAUAAUUAAUUCACAUAAUCAACUUUUAAUUGAUAAUCAUCAAUGUAGCAUUGGUAAUUAUGGAAUAUUUGCAUAUUAAUAUUAGUUGUGCGUUUAUUAAAAGCCUCAAAAUUGCUAAUUUUUAUUUCAAAACAACUGUUAGAUUUGCGAUGAAAAUUUUUAAUUAUUUAAUUAAUCAUUAUGUAUACCCAUUUGUGGCAAUGGGAUAAUUUAAGAUUAUGAAUAAUGUGAUGAUGCUAAUUUACAGCAGUUUGAUGGAUGCUAUUUAUGCUAAAGCAGUUGCUAAUUAGAAUGUUUAGAAUGCUAUGCUUCCUAGUGUUUUAAAUGUCUAGAAGGGUGGAAUUUAAUAGAUUUUAAAUGUAUUUCAGAGUGUGGGGAUGGUAAAAUUGCCCUGCUGUAAUAUGAACAAUGUGAUGACUCAAAUAAUGAAAGCAACGAUGGAUGUUUUUAAUGUAAAUUUGAAUGUGCUCAAAAUUGCGUAUUAUGUAACCGAACUUUAGAUUGUGUUUAAUGCUAGGAGUAUUUUGAGCUCUAAAAUAAAGUUUGUACUCCUAUAUGUGGAGAUGGGAUAGUCAUUGAAGAAUCUGAAUAAUGCGAUGAUGGUAAUGAUAUAUAAUAUGAUGGUUGCUAUUAAUGUUAGUUCUCUUGCAAAGAAAAUUGUUAAAUCUGCGAUCAAUAACAAUGUAUGGAUCCUCCAAUAUUAUAAUGUGAAGAAAAGGGAUAUUAUUUAAUUGAUAAUCAAUGCCUUUCAAUUUGUGGAGAUUAAAUCAAUACAUUAAAUGAGUAAUGUGAUGAUGGUAAUGAAAUUCCUUAUGAUGGAUGUCAUAAAUGUGAAUUUUCUUGUCCAUUGUAUUGCUUUUAUUGUGAAAAGGGCCAAUGCUUAUAAUGUGAACAUGGUUAUUAAGUCAUUAACAAUAUAUGUAUUGGUAUUUGUGGUGAUGGUUCAAAGUAAGAAAUAGAGGAAUGUGAUGAUUUUAAUCAAAUAUCUCAAGACGGGUGUUCUAAUAAAUGUGAAAUUGAGAUGAAUUGGACAUGUACAUAAAUAAAUCUUCAAACAAGUUAGUGUAUUUCAUCAAAUCCUCCCCAUUUUAACCUGUUAUUCGUGAAUCAAACCUAUGAUUCCUCAUUUAUUUAACUACAAAUUACAAGCAAAGUCAAGCUACAAGAAUCUUUUUAAAAUUUGACAACAAGCUUAAAAGCCUCUCUUAUUGAUAUAAACCCUUUUUAUUAUAAAAUUUAUUAGUAAGCGAUAGUUGAACCAAAUGAUAUUGUAUUGUAAGACAUUAAUUACUUGUUUUAAAUUCAAUUAUUACAGCAAGUAACAACUGAAAUAAAGUUUCAAGUAUAAUUAGACACUUUCUUAAUUGAUGAUUAUGGGUUUUAAGUAGAAAAUCAAAUUUGCACUUUACGAUUAAAGAACCCUAUAGUAUUAUCGGAAUCAUAAAAAAUGGUAUCCCAUAAAAUGAGCUCACUCAACAUGUAUAUACUUAUUGGUCUUGGUGCAACUAGCUUUCUUAUAUUGUUGUCUGGUAAUCCAGUUGAAUGUUUUGAGGUCUUGGACACGAUGUAGUAUUAAUCGAAUCUAAAAUACAUAAAUUCUAAUUUUCCAUAAAAUGUCAUGAUAUAUUUUGAAUCUUCAGAAGUCGUAACGAUAAUACCAAUUUUGGAUAAACUUAAGAUUCGUGAUUUAUUUGAAGUUGCAAUAGGUUAGGAUUAUAUGCAAGCAUUUGGGAAGUUCCUAUUUUAUGAUAUCAAUUCAGACUUAAUAACUAAUUUAUCAGGAUUAGUCGCAUAAGUUGGUAUGGCAGCAGUGUUAUUUGUUUUAUCUAAGAUUUACUUAAAGCUUUAUUUUCAAAAUUAGUACCACUAAAUCAGGGCUUUCAUUUACAAUAAUAAAAAGUUAAAUCUUUCACAACAUAUUGCUUCUUUUGUUCAUAAACUUAAUAGAUUAAGUUUUGGGAUUAAUUAAAUGAUAUCAUUAGAGGGGCUUGUAUACAUCAUUAAAGCAAAUAGUUGGGAUUUACUAUUUAAGACUAUUUUGUAUCUCUUUUCCGAAAAAGAGAAUAAUCUAAGAAAUAAAGUUUAGGACAUACUUGCAUAUUCAUUUUUACUAACUGUUUUAGUGUUAAUUGCCUCUAGUUUUUAAAUACAGGCUUCAUAAAUGAAAUUAACAAAAAGGAAAAAUCUUCACCAUGAUAGCUUGAUUGUUGCUAAAAAGUUUUUAUUUGUUUUAGUUUUAAUUGGAUCUUAAAAAAGCUAAUUAAUACAAUCAAUAUUACUAUCAUUAAUCAAUUCUAUCUACUUAACAAUUAUCGUAUUAGGUAAAAUGGUCAACGAAAAGAUUGAUUUAAUGAUAAUUCUGAUUUUUGAAAUUCCAGUUAUUAUGUUUACUCUACUUAAUAUCUGUUAUGAAGAGACUUAUGCAAAUUUUUUGAGUUUAGAAUCUCAAGUUGUCAUUGGAUUUGGAUAGAUUGGACUUUUAUCAUUAGGCAUUAUGGCCCCGUUAAUAAAAUAUGGAUAUCAAAUCCAAAUUAAAAUAAAAUAAUUAAUUCAAAAAUGGAGGAAGUAAAAAAUAAAUGAAAAAUAAUCAACAACAUCCUCUCUUUUUAUUUGA